AUGAGCUCCGAAAGUAGCUCUUUUUUGAACUAUCCCCCACCUCGUGAGGGCCCCAAAGUUCCUUACAAGAACGAGACCCAAUCUAUUCCGGUCUUCCGCGGUACUACGCUUGCGAUCGGCGCAACUCUAAUUCAUAAUGUCGGCUUCAUUCAAAGCCAUUUCUGGCGUAACGCUGGUUUCGACGUCAUUCGAAAAAUUCCUGAGCUUCAUCUAUACCCCGGUCGUUACGAUCCUACCGUGAUUCCCGUCGAGGAUGCCUCUAGCGACGCGCCGCUUCCUACCGUGGAGAAGCGGAAGGGUAUCAACACAUAUUACACGUCCGCCGAUUACUGCGCGCUGUAUUCAUCCGGCGAAUUGACACCGACGGCGCUCGUUGAGACGCUACUUCCUCUGAUCCGUCGCGACGCCAAGCCUCCUGGAAAGCACUCGACGGCAUUCCUCGAAUCGCAAGCCGAUACUAUCCGUGCAGCUGCAGAAGCUUCCACCGAGCGGUACAAGAAGGGUCAGCCUCUUGGUCCCCUGGAUGGCGUACCGGUGGCAAUCAAGGAUGAAGUCCACAUUGCUGGGUACAAGCGCACACUUGGAACCAAGCUCGAUUUCAAAGCUGGCAGCGAUGCUACUUCUUGGUGUGUCCAGCAAUGGCAAGAUGCCGGGGCUAUCGUGAUCGGCAAGACCACCAUGCAUGAAUUGGGUCUCGAUACGAAUAACAACAAUCCCAAUUAUGGAACACCGAAGAACCCUCACAAUAAGAACUACUACUGUGGUGGCUCUUCUGGGGGAUCUGGCUACGCCGUCGGUGCUGGUUUGGUGCCCAUUGCUCUUGGUGCUGAUGGUGGUGGCUCGAUUCGUAUUCCCUCAUCCUUCUGCGGUAUUUGGGGAUUGAAGACUACUCACGGCCGCGUAUCUGGAGCGCCUUCCAUGAGCCUUGCACCUACUGUCGGUGUCCUCGGACCCAUGGCAGCAAGUAUCGAUGACCUGGCUCUUGCUUAUAGGGUCAUGGCAGCACCAGCACCAGCAUUGCAAGACCCUGUUUCCUCGCAAUUCCCCAAGCCAGUACCUCUUCCGUCCGAUCGCAAGAGAGCAAAGACCAUUGGUGUAGUCCUCGACUGGAUCGACCGCGCCGAGGCCUCGGUCCGCGCUGUGUUCGAUGCUGCCCUGGAUUACUACCGCCAAAACGGUUACGAAAUCAUCGAUAUCACCAUUCCUUACCUACCCGAAGGUCAACGCGCCCAUAUCCUGACCAUCAUGGCUGAGAUCGCGUCCGGUCUGGAUGCUCGUCAGAUCAAAGAGCUUACGGCCCCGAACAAAGUCCUCGUCUCCAUGGGCAUGUGGCAAAUCACGGCCCAGGACCUCCUUGCAGCACAGCGUCUGCGGAACAUGUUGAUGACACAUGUCGCCUACCUUUACAAGACCCAUCCUGGUCUGAUGAUUCUUUCUCCGACAACACCUCUCCCUGGAUGGCACAUUGAUGGCGGUGAAGCUGACCUUGCUCGAGGCUUGUCCGAUGGCAAGACUUCUGUGCGGAACAUGGAGUAUGUCUGGCUGGCGAACUUCACCGGUUGUCCUUCUAUCAGCUGCCCUGCAGGAUAUGACCGUAGUAGCGGUGUUCCCAUUGGCUUGAUGGCAAUGAGUGAAUGGGGUACCGAGGAAGACUUGAUCGACUUUGCUCGUGAUGGCGAAGGGGUUCUGGACUUGCCUGAAAACCAGCCUCCCCGUGUGAGCAAGGAAGCCGCCGAGGCCAAGGGACUGCGUGCUCCAUCGUCGUCGGAGUCCUACUGGGAGGACGCCAUUGCUCUGGCUAAGGCGUGA